AAGAGUAUAGAAGACUAUAGAAUAUGGACUCAUUCAACACUGUCACUGUCUAAACAAAAAAAGAAAUAGAAAUUAGGAGACAGGUAAACAAAAGUUUGAAAAAUCGAAGGAAGAAGAAAUUGUAAACUGAGAAAAAUAAAAAUGUAAAACUGGGAUUGAAACUUUGGAAAGGAAGGAAAGAAAUUGAUCUGAGGUGGUUUUUCUUAGUAAUCUUUUAAGUUGUUUAAUUAGUUUGAUCAGAGUUUAGUAUGAUUUUGUUGAUUUGUCUAAUUUGUUUUAUUAAAUGUCUAUAAAUAUAAGAAGAGUUAAGAUAUUAGGCUCCUUGGAUUUAAUAUAACAAGUUCAGAUAAGUCAUCGUGAACACUGUAUAAACUGAACUCAAUUAUGCACGUAAUCUUAUUUGUGUGCUCAAGAGUCCCAACAGCUAUGAAGUAAAGCCAUUGCGAAGAAAAUAGAUCUCACCUUAACUCUCUCUACCUUCACUCCAAUUUUCACAAUCCUUUCUUUUCAUUGAUUUGGUCACUUCCUUUCUAACCAUGCCAGUCCUAGAAACACUUGGUGGUGCUCUUUUUGGUGCUGUUCUUCAGGUACUAUUUCAAAAGCUGGAUUCUCAUCAAGUUCUAGACUACUUUCGUGGGAGAAAGCUCGAUGAGAAGCUUCUGAAAAUUUUGAGGAGGAAGUUGGUGUCCAUGAAUGCUGUGGUUGAUCAUGCAGAACUAAAGCAGUUUAGAAAUGAAUAUGUUAAAACGUGGCUUGAUGAUGUCAGAGACGUGUUGCUUGACACAGAGGAUCUGCUGGAUGAAAUAGAACUUGAAUACCAGAGAAGUGCUAGCAAGGUACACACUUUUGAAUCCAAGCUGAAAGAAGUCCUUGAUGACCUUGAAUUUCUUUUGAACCAAAAGGAUGAUCUAGGUCUGAAAAAUGCUGGUGGUGUCGGAUACGAAUUGGGUAAUAAGGUGUUAGAGAGAAAAAAUGAAUCCUCAUCAUUGGUGGCUGAACAUAUUAUUUGUGGCAGAGACGAGGACAAAGAAAUUAUCCUUAAUUGGCUGACUUCAGGCAAUGGCAAUCUUAACCAGCUGUCAAUACUUGCUAUUGUGGGUAUGGGUGGGAUAGGUAAGACCACACUUGCCCAACAUGUAUACAAUGACCCAAAGAUGAAGGAAGCUGGAUUUGAUGAAAAAGCUUGGGUUUGUGUUUCUGAUGAAUUUGACGUUUUGAAAGUAUCAAAAGCCAUUAUUGGGGCUCUGACUAAAUCAAAAGAUGAUAGUGAAGACAUAGAAAUGGUUCAUGGAAAAUUAAAAGAAAAAUUGACAGGAAGGAAGUUUCUUCUGGUUCUAGAUGAUGUUUGGAACGAAGACAGAAACCUAUGGAAAACAUUCCAAACUCCUCUUCGAUAUGGAGCUAAAGGAAGUAAAAUUCUUCUCACAACACGCAGUAACAAAGUGGCUUCUAUCAUGCAGUCAAGCUACGUACACCAACUAAAGCAAUUACAAAAACAUUACAGUUGGCAAGUAUUUGCUAAAAAUGCAUUGCAAGAUGAUAACUCUAUGUUGAAUUGUGAGUUGGAGGAGAUUGGUAUGAAGAUAGUUGAAAAGUGCAAAGGGUUGCCUCUAGCCCUUGAAACGCUGGGAUGUCUUUUACACACAAAGUCAUCUGUUUCAGAGUGGGAAGGUGUAUUGACAAGCGAGAUAUGGGACUUAUCCAUAGAAGAUAGUAAAAUCAUCCCUGCUUUGCUGUUGAGUUAUUACCAUCUUCCUUCUCAUCUCAAGAGAUGUUUCGCUUACUGUGCGUUAUUUCCCAAAGAUCAUAAGUUUGACAAGGAGACCUUAAUUCUCUUAUGGAUGGCUGAAAAUUUUCUACAAUGCUCUCAGCAAAGCAAGUGUCCAGAAGAAGUAGGUGAACUAUACUUCAAUGAUCUGUUAUCAAGGUCAUUCUUUCAACAAUCAAUCAAAGACAACGAAACAUGUUUUCUCAUGCAUGACCUUCUCAAUGAUUUGGCAAAAUAUGUUUCUGGUGAAAUAUGCUUCAGGUUGGGAGUUGAUAAAGCAGAAAGAGUACCAAAGACAACCCGUCACUUUUCAACUGUAAUCAAUCCUAUUGAAUAUCGUAAGAGUUUAUGUGAUGCUAAAGGGCUACGGACAUUUAUAUCCUUUUGGGCGGACUGUGAGAUUUCAAUACAAGAGUUGAUUUCCAACUUUAAGUUCUUACGGGUCUUGUCUUUGCAUUGCUUUAAAGUGAAGGAGGUGUCUGACACUAUAGGCGAUCUUAAGCAUCUCCGUUCAUUAGACCUUUCAAACACAGGCAUAACUAAACUUCCUGACUCAACUUGUUCACUCUGUAACUUGCAAGUAUUGAAGCUGAACAAGUGUUUCAAUUUACAGGAGCUGCCCUCGAAUUUGCAUCAACUCACUAGUUUGCGCCGCCUUGAACUUGUGGGAACUACUUUAAGAAAGGCUCCAGUUCAUUUAGGAAAAUUAAAGAAUCUUCGAGUAUGGAUGGGUAGGUUUGAGGUCGGCAAAAGUAGUCAGUCCAAUGUUCAACUUGGAGAAUUUGAGCUUCACGGACAAUUGUCAAUUAGAAGUCUUGAAAAUAUUGUCAAUCCCUAUGAUGCAUUGGCGGCAAAUUUGAAAAAUAAAAAACAUCUUGUGGGGCUAAAUCUAGAAUGGAGUUUGAAGCGGAACAAUGACUACUCAAUAAUAGAAAGAGAAGUACUUGAGAAUCUGCAACCUUCCAGACAUUUGAAGCAUUUGUUAAUCGAUGGCUAUGGUGGCACGCAAUUUCCACGUUGGUUAUCUGAUAAUUCUCUAUUGAAUGUGGAGUCCUUAACCUUGAAUAACUGUAGACAUUGCCAAUUGUUGCCUUCCCUAGGACUUUUGACAUUUCUCAAGCACUUGACAAUUCAUGGCCUUGAUUGCAUAGUCAGUAUAGAUGCUGACUUUUACGGGAAUAGCUCUUUCGCAUUUGCAUCCUUGGAAACGUUGAGCUUUAAUGAUAUGAAGGAAUGGGAAGAAUGGCAAUGCAUGACGGGUGCUUUUCCAAGUCUUCAUUGUCUUUCUGUGAUGAAUUGUCCCAAACUGAAAGGGAACUUGCCUGUGCAACUUUCUCGCUUAAAACAGCUAACUAUUGGUCAAUGCAAACAACUUGUGGCUUCGAUUCCCAAGGCCAUAGAAAUUGAAGGUGUGAAGAUGGAGCCAUCUUCAUUUGAUACUCCUCUUGAAUCCUUGAGUAUUUAUUCAUGUCCGGGCAUGAAUAUUCCCACAAACCAUUGGUACUCUUUGCUUGUAGAGUUGGAUAUUAGUCAAUGUUGUGACUCGCUCACAAACAUCCCUCUAGACAUAUUCCCAAAACUAUGCGACCUUUGUUUGGACGAGUGUCAUAACCUAAAGAUGAUAUCACAGGAGCACUGUCAUAAUGAUUUGAAGACUCUGAGCAUUGAAAAAUGCUCUCAAUUUGAAUCAUUUCCCAAUGAAGGAUUAUUUGCACAGAAGCUGGAGAGAUUUCGUAUUGAAGGAUUGGAGAAAUUGAAAUCAAUGCCUAAAAGCAUGUCGGUCCUCCUUCCAUCCCUUAAUUAUUUGUCAAUACGCAAUUGUCCAGAAGUGGAGUUAUCUGAGGGAUGUUUGCCCACAAAUCUAAAAGAAAUGCGUCUGAAGAAUUGCUCCAAACUUGUUGCCUCACUAAAGGGGGUUUGGGGAACCAACACUUCUCUAAAAUCCUUGUAUAUUGGCGAAGUGGAUGUGGAGUUUUUCCCCUGUGAAGGUUUACUCCCACUCUCUCUUACUAAUCUAGCGAUAUAUGAUUGUCCAAAUCUUAAGAAACUCGACUGCAACGCUCUCUCUCAUCUCUCUUCUCUUGAGAAAUUGGAUCUUUUGAGUUGUCCCAGCCUCCAAUGCUUGUCAGAGCAGGCUCUGCCUAAAUCCAUUUCAGAACUCCGAAUUAAAAAUUGUCCGUUGCUCAAACAACGGUGCAAGAAACAAGAAGGUGAAGACUGGGAAAAGAUUGCUCACAUUAAAUACAUAGACUUUGAUUAAGAAGAAGUAAACGUAAAAGAUGAAGCACAAGUUGGAAAUUACUAAGGCACCAAUUCUCAUAUGCCUACAUUUUCAACAGGUGCUAAUUCUCCACAACAUCUUUGCAGCAUUUCAAAUACAAUCUUAUUCACUUCAAAUAUUUUAAUCUCUAGCUCACCACUUUCUUCACGCAUCGACUUUUGGUCUCUUAAAUGUUCUGUUUUAUGUGCAAGAAUUUCUAUUAUUGAUUUCCACUUUUGAAAUUUAAUACUAAUGCUUGUAUUCAGGGAACAUAGAAAAUGAACGUGGGAAAGUCUGAAAGGUUUGCCAUUCACUUGUUGGUUGUGUAAACUUGUUUCCUUAUCCACUCUGUUUCUAACUUCUUCUUAGUUCAUACUUAUUAUAUGAUUUUUUUUCUUUCAAUAUUAUACCUUUUCUUUCCAUAUUUCUCAAAAAAUGUGAUUUUUUUUUUCGCGAUACGAUUUAUUUUGGAGUCAAUUGGAUUCAAUCUUCUUGAUAAGAUAAUUCUAAGCAUUAUGAACUUAGUAUUUCUCAUACCGCAGCUUACUGUGAGGUUGGUUGGUUCUCUUAACUAAUCAUGUUUAAUGUUCUCUUGAUAGCAUUCCACGAAUCUGUUUACAUACAACAAUUUCAUUCUACUAUCAUUAUGCUUCAUCUUGUAGUUGAGUUCUGUCUAAAUACAUUAUCUGAUUUGUUUUUCAUGUUUGCUGAUGAGCAGGACACAACAAAAUUGUUGAGAGCAUUAAACUCCAAUGUUCUUUCCGCAGAAAAUAUUCAACCCUGAAAAUCCUUGAAAGAUUGUGAAGACUAUGAAGCAUCAGAACCAAUGUUUGAGCCAAUGUAUGGUGGCAAGGAUGCUCUGUUUUAGUAAUCACACCAUAUAUAGGAAAAAAGAAAUCAGAUUUUGGGCUCCCUCUACAAUCUGAGAAAACCCAUCUCACUCUUUCUCACUCAACCAAUCAAAGUAGAAGAUUUUGGUGGCGAUUCCAAUGAUCAGGAAAGAACUAAUGUCACUUCUUCGUUGUUGUUCUUCUGUUUUUCUGAGUUGACUCAUGAAAAUGAGUGGCUAAACUUCUCUCUUUUUUUGGAUUGGAUGUAGCUCAUUAUACUUUUUGUGAUUCU